UGCGGGGCUCGGGGACCGGAGCAGGGGCCCCAGGGCACGGGCGUUCCCAGAUCACAGGUUCCCUUCACCCCAGCAAGACCCCAGAGCAUGCACCCCUGUUGCCCCAGCUGGACCCCCCACCCCGGGUGGGACUCUCCUCCCUCCCCCCGGCUCCGCCCAACAGGCUGGAGUGUGGCCCCCUCCCCUCCGGGAUCCCCUCUUUCUGCCGCAAGGGUCUCCCCCCAUUUCUCUGUUAGGGAGCUCCUCUUACGUCCUCGGACUCGGGCUCCCCGUGCUCCUGACCUCAGAUCCGGGAGCCCCCUGAUGUUUGGAACUACCCCGCCCCCUUCCCCAGCGCGGGUUCCUCCCCUCCGGGCCUGGCGCCCCUCACUCUCCAGCCCAGUCUCCCGCCCGCUCCUGAGCAGAGCACAGCCCAGCCUUCCUCCAGGAAUUGGGGGAGGGUGUCCCCUUCUCUCCUUUGGGCUCCCCUUCCCCGCCCCAGGGACUAGGUUCCCCCUUCCCCAGCUCCCACCCCCAGAGCGCAGAGGGGACGGGGGCGGCAGAGCCAGGCUCCAGCUGCCUUUUGUUCCGUGUGGGAUGGCAGAGACCCGGCCCGGCGGUCCUGCUCGGUUAAUCGGGUAUACAUGCAGUGCUUGUUGCUGGGUACUCACUGUGAAUGAGAUCAAUGGGGGUUAUCAGACUCAAGGACCAAAGCUCUCUGCUGGAGAUGUGGACUUUACUCUAGCUCUGUCAUGGCUUCCAGCUUCUCAUGUCUGGGGCUCCAGAGGAGGAAAUGACUGGUCAGGGUUCUUGUUCUUACUCCAGCUGGAUAACGGAAAACUGGACCUUCAUAGGACGCAGACUUACCAAGGAUAGGAAAGUUUCUCUCUUUGAAAGACUUUAAAUUUGCAGCAAAGCAUAAAAAUGACAACUUCAUCUAUCAGGCGGCAGAUGAAAAACAUUGUGAACAAUUAUUCAGAGGCAGAAAUCAAAGUCCGGGAAGCCACUUCCAAUGACCCAUGGGGCCCAUCCAGCUCUCUAAUGACCGAGAUUGCUGACUUGACUUACAAUGUGGUGGCCUUCUCUGAGAUCAUGAGCAUGGUAUGGAAGCGGCUUAAUGACCAUGGCAAGAAUUGGCGGCAUGUGUACAAGGCCCUGACACUGCUGGACUACCUCAUUAAGACAGGCUCCGAACGAGUAGCCCAGCAGUGCCGUGAGAACAUCUUUGCCAUCCAGACCCUGAAGGACUUUCAGUACAUUGAUCGUGAUGGCAAGGACCAGGGCAUCAAUGUGCGGGAGAAGUCAAAGCAGCUGGUGGCCCUCCUUAAAGACGAGGAGCGACUGAAGGCUGAGAGGGCCCAGGCUCUCAAAACCAAAGAGCGCAUGGCCCAGGUGGCCACUGGCAUGGGCAGCAACCAGAUCUCCUUUAACCGAGGCUCUAGCCAGCCCAACCUCUCCACCAGCUACUCGGAGCAGGAAUAUGGCAAGGCUGGAGGAUCACCGGCUUCCUACCAUGGCUCGCCCGAGGCCUCGCUGUGCCCCCAGCACCGCACAGGGCCCCCGCUGGGUCAGAGUGAGGAGCUGCAGCCACUGAGCCAGCGCCACCCCUUCCUGCCGCACCUGGGGCUGGCCUCCCGCCCAAAUGGCGACUGGUCCCAGCCCUGCCUCACUUGUGACCGCGCAGCCCGAGCCACCUCCCCAAGGGUGUCCUCUGAGCUGGAGCAGGCCCGGCCACAGACGAGUGGAGAAGAGGAGCUGCAGCUGCAGCUGGCACUUGCCAUGAGCAGAGAAGUGGCUGAGCAGCCUCCAGCUCGCAUUGUCCCUCCACAGGAAGAGCGCCUCAGGCGGGGUGAUGACCUCAGAUUGCAGAUGGCCUUGGAAGAAAGCCGGAGAGACACAGUUAAAGUUCCCAAAAAGAAAGAGCUUGGCUCCCACCCACAGCAGACCACCCUGCUGGAUUUAAUGGAUGCCCUUCCUAGCUCGGGCCCUUCUGCCCAGAAAGCCGAGCCCUGGGGCCCAGGGGCAUCUGCUAAACAGACCAACCCUUGGAGUGGGCCAGCAGCUCCCACAAGCACUUCGGACCCCUGGCCAUCGUUUGGUCCCAAGCCAGCUGCCUCUGUGGACCCCUGGGGUGUGCCCACCACCGCCAGUACACAGUCUGUCCCCAAGAGCUCAGACCCCUGGGCAGCGUCGCAGCAGCCUGCCCCAAGUGCUGGGAAAACAACAGACGCCUGGGGCGCAGCCUCCACUGCCAAGCCCAGCUCCACCUCGGGGUCCUUUGAGCUCUUCAAUAACUUCAAUGGUACAGUUAAAGAUGACUUUUCUGAGUUUGACAACCUGAGGACUUCAAAAAAAACAGCAGCUGAGUCCGGGGCCUCUGUGCCAUCCCAGAACAAUGGAACCACAAGCCCUGACCCCUUUGAGUCUCAGCCUCUCACUGCUGCCUCAAGCAAGCCCAGCAGCGCCCGGAAAACUCCUGAGUCCUUCCUGGGCCCCAAUGCGGCCCUGGUGAACCUAGACUCACUGGUGACGAGGCCCACCCCACCAGCACAGUCCCUCAACCCCUUCUUGGCACCAGGUGCUGCGGCCCCGGCCCCUGUCAACCCCUUCCAGGUGAACCAGCCCCAGCCACUGACGCUUAACCAGCUGCGGGGGAGCCCUGUCCUGGGGAGCAGCGCGUCCUUUGGCUCUGGCCCAGGGGUAGAGCCCAUGGCUGUGGCCUCCAUGACCUCAGUGGCCCCACACUCUGCUCUGGGGGCUGGGGGCUCCUCUUUGACACCACUGGGCCCCACAACAAUGAACAUGGUGAGCAGCGUGGGCAUCCCCCCCUCUGCAGCUCAGGCUUCCAGCACAACCAACCCCUUCCUCCUCUAGUGCUGGGGCCUGGGACCUGCCCAGAGCAAAUGCCUGGAGCACCCCUGGGAGCACCCUGCUGAAGGACUCUGGGCAGGGACUCUUAUUUGUGGGAUGAUGGCUGAGAAUGUGGUGGGUGGGGGGUAGAGCUUUUUACUUCCAGCUUCCUGGUUUAAAGGGUUGUUAUAGCCAAGACCCUCCUAGCCUGAGCCACACAUGC